AUGGCUAGAAGCAUUCAGAAAGGAUUCCUUCAGCCUUUACCUAUUCCACAGCAACCCUUUGAAGUAGUAUCAAUGGACUUCAUCAUGGAUCUUCCACCUAGUAACAAUUACAACACUAUCCUAGUUAUUGUGGACAAACUAACUAAGUAUGGACAUUUCAUCCCAUGUACUACUCAGAUAGAUGAAUUACAAACAGCGCAACUGUUCCAUGAUCACAUAUGGUGUCACUAUGGUUUACCUUGGCAAGUAAUCACUGAUAGAGAUGCUAGAUGGACAGGAGCCUUUUGGAGUCACUUAGUUAGUAUGUUAGGAAUUUGGCAAGCACUCACUACAGCACAUCAUCCUCAGAGUGAUGGAAAAACAGAGAUACUUAAUCAAACCACAGAAGUAGCAAUUAGGGUAUUCACUAACCCAGCUAAGGACAAUUGGAGUAAGCUUCUACCAGGAUUUGCGCAUUCAUACAACACAGGUGUGCAUACAUCCACACAACAAACACCAGCCUUUCUACUCUGCGGAUUUCAGCCUCUAACAUCAGCCAACUUACUGGCUCUCACCUCUGAGAACAUUCCAAGACCAGCCCAAGAAAGUCAAACAGCUGAGGAAUUCAAGGAAUCCAUGGAAUUAGCACAAUCACUAGCUAAGGACGCCCCCAAAGUAGCUCAGAAUUACCAACAAAAGUACUAUAAUUCUGACAAGACACACAUUACCUUUGAGCCAGGAGAUUUAGUCUUAAUCAAUCCCCAUUCCUUAAACUUACUCAAACAUCAGUCAGGAAAAGGGAAUAAGCUAAAUAUGUGUUGUGAAGGACCAUUUGAAGUCAUGGAAAGCAUAUCACCAGUAGCAUAUAGGAUAAGAUUACCUGCUAGCUAUUGCAUACACCCAAUCAUUAACAUAGCACACUUGGAAUCUUAUAAGGCAUCACCCCCAGAGUUUGGAAGCCAACCCACUCAGAAUAUACCUAGAGAGGAUUUCCAACAGAUGCCUGAAUAUGAGGUGGAAAAGAUAGUAGAAGAAAGAACAAUAAAGAAAGGCAGCAAGAGGAUCAGGCAGUGCAAAAUCCAUUGGCUUGGGUACAGCUCAGAACAUGAUAGAUGGAGGACAGAAAAAGAACUAAGGAAUGCUCCAGAAGUAAUCAAGGAAUGGAAGCAAACCUCUGGCUCCACUAUCCAUCUCAAUCACAAGAAGAAGAAGGAGUUCUAA